AUUAUAUUAUCAGAGUUCAGCUGCUACAGUUAUCUACAGUGAGACCAGAGCUGUGUGCGCACUGAAGCAUACGAUCAGGAUGCAGAGGAUGUCGGUCUUAUUUCUUGUGCUUGCUGUCUGGAGUAACUCCCUGCCGGUGACCGGCUUUACCCUACUGGAGCUUCAGACGGUCACUGUUUAUAUAAAUCAAAAAUUUGCUAAAAAUACCGAUAAGCAAUACGCCUACGUUGUCAAGUUUUCUGCAAACCAAUGCAACAGUCUAACAAAUGAAAAUAUAGCGAAGGUGCUAAAUGUAGAAAAUCCAAAUUGGGAUGAGAUAUUCAAUAAUGAUCAGAUUUAUCAGGGAACAAACCUAGUAAUGGCCAAAUUCAGAAAACAAAGUAAUAAUAAGAAAGAUGUAGAACAUUCCGAAUAUCGUCUCCUUUACCCUACUGGAUCCUCUACACUUUCCCCAGUUGAAAAUAUGAUGAAUACAGGAGCUAAAGCCGGUUGUGUGCUGUUUUUUACUCUGAAUUCGCCAUGUGUGGGACGCUGCGCACUACCCAAUGGGGAAUAUAGUAUCCUAGGCAAACUGGAUGUAUUUAGUAAGAUAAAUGAUAGAGCUUUAGUUUACAAUAAGUUCUUUAAUUCUGACCAAAAAAGACCAGUAAAGGAAGUCUUGAAAGCUUGGGACGCUGUUGAUAAAAAAAUACCCAUGUAUCGCUGUGACAAUAACGGCUGCAGCAGAUGCAGUGAAAAUGAUGUGAAAGACAAUAGUAAGCACAAUAGUUGCAAUAAAUGAUUACAGUCAGGCAGGAUAUGGGCUUUAUUAACUGCUUAUGGUAAUAACAAAUAAGCAGAUACUAGCUCCAGACCAUGAGAAGGCUUCACUAUACCAGUGUAACAGCUAAACCAGCAAACGCAUAAACUUAUCAUCUGGUGUAAUUUUUAGUGAAGUUAUAUUAAUAGCAUCUCUUGCAUUAUAACGUUGUCUUGCUUAUUUCACCUGGGAAUUGCAACACUUGGGGAUCAGUUCAAAUCCAUUAGAGAAAAUAUUUAAAUGAUUUUACAAAAUUCCCUUAUACACUUUAAUGGUGGGUUUCUGUGGUUUUCAAAGGGAUUUUAAUAAACCCCUUGAUUAUUAAUAACAUAAACUUAUACACAGGUCAUAGUAAUUAUUUCACUCUGUUAGAAAUGUUGUGCAGAGUGAUUAUUAUGGAUUAUCCCAGUAACUCUGCACUGAGAAAGUUAGCGUCAUUCCAAUUCACUUUUUGAGCAGAUUCUCACGUGUUUUUUGGAUUAAUCUAAAUGAAUAUCUUUGAAUCUAUUUUGUCUGUUUCAAAAUAUUAUAUAUUUCCUGUUCAUAUGAUUUUUUUUUAUGUUUAACUUUUUGUGUGUUUAAAUGUAAAUAAACAUAAUAUUUUCCUAAUUAAUUAAAGAGUUUAAAACAAUGUUCAAGACUUGAGGGCCUGAUAGUCAAAAACUCACCAGCAUGGAGAAAAAUCUGCUAAAAUCUUGUUGGAGCUUUUGUUUGAGCAUUAUAUUGUAACACACGUGUCUCCGUCAUAUCCACAGCAUGCAUAGCGAGAGAAACAGUUCUCAAACGAAAUUCUAAAUUAUUUGAUGGUCCUCAUUGUACUGAUGAGACUUGUUAGAUAAUCUCACCAGACCAGAGAGCUAUAAAUCAUCAGAUCCUUGCUAAUUGAUGUGAUUUAUAAAAAAUAAUGUUAAAUAACAUUUUUUUUUAAAUUGUAUAUAUAUAUAUAUAUAUAUAUAUAUAUAUAAAUAUAUAUAGAUAGAUAGGUAGAUAAAUGCGUGUUUAUAUAUAUAUAUAUAUAUAUAUUUUAGUCAUUGAUUCCAAUGACUACCCGCUGCAGAGUAUUAAAUGUAUUUGAAAUUGUUCCUUGAGGUUAUUUUGUAUUUGUAAUAGCUGGUUUUGCUCAUUCAAACAAACCAACUAUUAUUCCCAAGGACAUGCCCCUUCAAAUGAGCUAAGCCUGCAAGAAGGGAAGAUCUUAUCUCUCUCUUGCGCCAUACAAAAUGGUCUCCUUAAAUAUCUAUCUAUGUUCACAAAGCCAUCCUUAUUGGUUGUAGUUUCAAGUGAAAAUUUUAAAAUGUUUUUAAAACUUUUUUUGUAUGUAGCACUUUUCCAAAUUAGCACUUGAUUCCCGAUAAUAAUUUCAUUUCCUUUUAACUGAGACCAAUGUUUGUACUUAAUAUGUGUACUAAACACCAAAGAGCUUUAAGUAAGGUAAAACAUACUUUUUAUAUUAAUGCUUGUAUAACUUGCUUAUAGAUUCCUUCAUUGUGUGGUAAAGAGAAAAGCGCUCGAUGUCAGUUGAACUGUUAAUUUCUGUUGAAAUUGGAGAUUUACUCUUCUGAAAUCAAUAAAAGCUUCAAUGAUAUAAAAAAUAA